CACCUACCAACCUCCGCUGAGCUUGACGCUUUGAUUAGAAAGAUAGCUCCUCCUACCCCACCAUGCCUCCUGCACAGAUCAAGCAGGAUCUGAACCGAUCCGGAUGGGAGACCACCGACUUCCCCUCGGUGUGCGAGAGCUGUCUUCCGGACAAUCCUUACGUACAGAUGCUGAAGGAGGACCACGGCGCAGAAUGCAAAUUAUGUACACGUCCGUUCACCAUCUUUCGCUGGAAGGCCGACCGCACCGCGCGCACCAAGCGCACGACCAUCUGCCUCACCUGCGCCCGACUCAAGAACUGCUGCCAGUGCUGCAUGCUGGAUUUGUCCUUCGGGCUGCCCAUCGUCGUCCGUGACGCAGCGCUGAAGAUGGUCGCGCCGGGCCCGGAAAGCACCAUCAACCGCGAAUACUACGCGCAGGGCCACGAGAAGGAGAUCGAGGAAGGCCGCGGGGCGGUGGAGGAAUACGAGAAGACCGACGAGAAGGCGCGCGAGCUGCUGCGACGCCUCGCCAACAGCGAGCCGUACUACCGCAAGCAGCGGCGGAUCGAAACGUCCGAAGACGGAGAAGGGGGUGCUGCUGCCGCGUCCAGCGGGGCGGCGCCCGUCGUCCACAGUCGCUACGGCAACGGGCCAGGGCCGAUUCGCACCAGCGAGAGUCGGAGGGGGACGCCGUUGCCUGGACGGGGUGGACGGGGAGGCCUGCGUGGUGGUGGGCGCGGCGGACGCUCGUUCCCCAGCGCUGCGCAGGUGCCGCCCUCCGCUGAGGAUAUUCAUCCGCCCGCGGACCCCAACAUCACUUCGCUCUUUGUGACGGGCGUCGAGGACGACCUCCCCGAGCAUGAGCUGCGCACCUUUUUCACCCAGUUCGGUUCGCUGCGCUCGCUGAUCUGCUCCCACCGCGCUCACUCCGCGUUCGUCAACUUCGCCACGCGCGAGGGCGCCGAGGCCGCCGCCAAGCACUGCCAGGGCAAGGCUGUCCUCCAGGGAUGUCCUCUUCGCGUUCGCUGGGGUAAGCCCAAGCCGCUAGAUAACAUGGAUCGGGAGGAGCGGUUGAAGAACGCCCGGGAAGGUCGACAAGCCGUGGGGGCGCGCUCCGCAGAUGGAGGCAGGAGAGCCAUCACGGCGGCCGGAGACGACGCCAGCAAGGAACAAAGACCCCGCAAUUACGCCGUGGCUCCCCCUCCGGGUGCCGGCGACAUCCAGUACUCAAGUUUAAACGGCGAUUGAAGCCUUUUCCUUCUUCACUAUCAACACUACUUUCUUUUCCAUUGGUUACCGGGGCAUAGGGACCUUUCAUAUGGUGUAUGUUUGAGAGCGGGCGUUGUCUUUUUCUUAUCUGUAUGUAUUUAUCUAUUUCUACAUGUCCGAUCGAAACCAUGAAAUACCCCAAAGAGACGCCAGAAAGGAGAGAGAAAAAAGUUCGGGUAUAC